CACCACCGCCACUGCCUACCAGUAUCACCACAGCCACUCUCAGCCGAUCCUUUAGUCAGCCAUCCCAUCCUCCCUCCUCUAUCGUUCUUCGUCGGUACUCAUAUGGAUGCUUCUACCCUACGCGCUCUACAAGAUAAAGUUUACGACAAGCGGAAACAUGCUGCUUUCCUGAUCGAAGCUCAGAUCAAGGAUCAUCUUGUAAAACGCGAUUAUGGCGUGAUCGAUGAAAUCGUCAAUCAACUCUCUAGCCUGGCGUUCAAUAACAAUCCAUCAUGGAGAUGGGGUGGUGUGAUGGGCCUAGCCGCCUGUUCGAUCGCCCUAGGUCCCGAAAUCGCUUCCUACCUUCUUGCAAUCGUCCCCCCAAUCAUCUCCUGUUUCUCUGAUCCCGACAGCAAGGUCCGCUAUUUCUCUUGCGAAGGAAUGUAUAACGUCGUCAAAGUGGCCAAGGGGGAAAUCCUGGUGUAUUUCAACGACUUAUUUGAUAGUCUUUCAAAGCUUGCCGCAGAUCCUGAUGCAGCCGUCAAAAACGGAGCAGAGCUGCUCGAUAGACUGAUCAAGGAUAUCGUCACUGAACAAGCUGCCACUUACAUAUCCGUAGUUUCACCUCGUCAGCUACAUGCCCUGCGCCAGCAAAAUACGCAAUCGUCUUCUUCCUCAGCAACCACGAUGGAAGACUCCUCCUCAUACCCUUCAGCCGUUCGAGCAUUUUCUCUAAAAGCGUUCAUCCCACUCUUACGCGAGCGAAUCCAUACACACAAUCCAUUUACCCGACAAUAUCUCGUCUCCUGGCUUCAGCUCUUGAACUCGAUACCAGAAAUCAAUCUAGUCAGCUAUCUACCUGAUUUUCUGGACGGAUUGAUCACCUACCUCGCCGAUUCGGGCAAUGAAAUCCAACUUGCUGUUCAAAAUUUGUUGGGUGAUAUGAUGGUAGAAAUCGAUGCUGUGGUUCACGCAAAGGAAUAUAAAGAACAAGAGCGGUUGCAACAAAGGGAACUGCGAAGGCAACGCCGGAUAUUCGAAAAACAAAUGACUGGAGCCGCCAGGGAUCCUCGACAGUUUCCUCGCCCACCGCAACCCCGUUUUCAUCCGAAAGAGGAAACCAAUGACGAAAAUCCGGCUUGUGAACCCAGAGCCAGUUCUCCCCUCAAUGCGAAACCGAGCGCCAGUGCCAACAAUACGCCGGUUAUGACUGGUUUGGGAGCUGAAAAGAAGGAUGACUUGAUCAAUGAAACUGGAUUGGACUCUUUGAACUUUGAGAAUGAUAAUCCGACUGACCAUGAUGAGGACGGAGAUAGUUCAGAAACUUCAGACGACGACACAUAUAUGCACGGGCAAGGAGUGGACCUUAAUUUGGCAUCAAUUGUCCAGAUCCUUAUCAAAUGGAUGUGUAUACAUGAGAUAACUGAAGAGAUUCAGGCGUUGUGUCUGAAAUGGCUCAGCGAAAUUAUACAAAUCGAUCAAUCCGUGAUCAUUCCAUUUACUCCACGACUAAUCCCGAUCAUUCUGGGUUGUCUCUCUCACGAACGAAAUUACAUCAAGGACAUUGCGGUUGGUGCGAACUAUAACCUCUUUCACGCCAUCGCACAACUGCCUACCCCACCACCACCCUCUCUACCGCCUGUCCCACCGCCACCGCCACCCCCAGUCAAUGUACCUGAUGUCGAUAAACGAAAGCACGAUCCACGACUAAGCUCUCAUGUGUCAGCUUCGGUAGACAAAUUCAGGAAUAAAAUCAUGCGUCCCGAGCGUGGCAAUCCGCCCGCAACCCCGACACCCUCUACAUGGACCAUUCGGCCACGCAGAGGGACGAGGCCCAAUGGUAUUGCUGAAGAGGUUGUCCAGUCAAACCCGGAUCAUGAAGUACAAGCGGAAACGCCACCCAUAGAAGAAAUGCCGCCAGACCCGCUAGACUACGCAUUAACUGUGAAUGCAUUGACAUUACAGUUUUUAAACGAGUAUGAGGAAACACGACUAGCCGCGUUGAAAUGGUUAAUGAUGCUCCACAACAAAGUGCCGAAUAAAAUCCUGACACUCGAGGAUGGAACCUUCCCCGCCUUGUUGAAGACGUUGUCCGACGACUCCGAGGCAGUGAUAAGAUACGACCUGGAACUAUUGUCUCAGAUCAGCUUGAGAAGCCUGAUGAACACCGAAGAGGAAGGAUAUUAUUUUCGCCAUUUCAUGUGGAACCUCUUGAGCCUGUUUGGGACCGACCGAAACUUGCUGGAGUCAAGAGGUAAUCUCAUCGUCAGGAUCUUGUGCAAAAACCUGAAUGCUGAACGGAUCUAUAAGUCAUUUGCUGAAUACCUUGAGGCCGAUGAGGAUCUAGAGUUUGCAUCAUCAAUGGUACAAAACUUAACUUUGAUCAUGAUCACAUCACCUGAACUAAGUGACAUGAGAAGGAAGCUAAAACAGCUCGAGACGAAAGAGAGCGUUCAACUCUUUACACACCUCUAUCGAUCAUUCAGUCAUAAUCCUAUCUCGACCUUGACAUUGUGCCUAUUAUGCCCGAUGGCAUAUGAACACGCCUUUCACCUCCUGACAAUCCUGGCCCAUGAUCUUGAAAUGACCGUUGGGCUUCUGAUUCAGGUUGACAAACUUGUGCAGCUAUUGGAGAGUCCGGUAUUCACCUCGCUAAGGUUGCAGCUACUGGAACCGGACAAGUAUCCAUUUCUUUACAAGGCAUUGUAUGGAAUAUUGAUGCUCUUGCCACAGAGCAGCGCGUUUGCGACUUUAAGGAAUAGGUUAGGAGCUGUGAGCACAUUGGGUUAUGCCCAUGCAGCACCAAAGGCUACUACGAGCACGUUGCCCGGAUCCAACAUGAAUACAAUACGUGGUCUGAAAAAUGCCCUGAAGCCGGCUGACCACGAGGCCGUAAACUGGAGUUCAUUGUUACUUCAUUUCAAAGCGCUUCAGACGAAACAUGAAAAGGUUCGACGCCAGCCGCCUCAUCAUCUACAUCACGGGCGCGAUUCGGAAUCGAAUGGGAUGCAUGACAGGGAGAGCGAAUUCAACGGUGGUGGAUUGAAUGAGCAGCAAGGUCCACCGCACCCCAAUUACAAUUCAACACAGGUUCGCUCGCCGCAAGAAAUUGUUCCCGACCGACCCACGUCCGCUCAUCCGCGAAUAUCCAAUCAGCAUGCUCUCGGUGGUACAGUUCCUAUUGAUACGCCAGCUACCAACGAUCCAGUAACUUCACCAGUAGGACAUCAACGUUUGAGCAGUACUUCCACUCAGGCUACCAUACCGCCUGCAAGUAUGAACCAGCCGAGCAAAAUCCCCGCCUCCGUGCUGCACAGUCGAAAGAAGAGCGUAGGAUCGAUGGCCCAAGCUAGCAACCCCAAUCGGAAAACCAGUGUUGCCGCCGGUGUGGGAACAACAAACUCGAAUGGUGGUGGGGCAGUCGGGGUACAAGGAGUCGGCCCGUCUUCGUCCUCAUCCGCCUCUUCAACUCCAACUGGUAUUCCAGUAAAUAUUCCAUCAGGAUCAAAAACACCAGGCGGGAGCAGUAGUAUCGCUAGUAGCUCGAGUAGCAGUAUCACAACUGGAACACAAAAUGAAAAGCCUGUAGGCAAUCCUAAUCCUAUCUCAGCACCAGAACCUAAUCGGUAAUUUUCAGCUAAGAUGAUUUCUAUUUCAAAAGCCAUAAAUUAUUUUACUCAUUUUUUUCUUCACAUGUAUGUAUAUAUGCCUGUUAUUUAAAUAUAAAUAUACACUUAGAUCAGUCUUACCCUUAUAGGCUUAUGUAAUUGUAAGAUAUUUUUAUAAUCAUGAC